AUGGGUAUUAAAGGACUUCACGGGCUUCUCAAGUCGAUUCAAAAACCAUGUCACAUUAAGAAUUUCAGUGGGCAAACACUUGGAGUUGAUGCAUAUGGAUGGCUGCACCGAGGAACUGUUGCUUGUUCGGUAGAUCUGGUCUUGGAUAAUCCUACUAAGAAACACAUUGAUUUCGUUCUCAACCGAGUCCGCAUGCUUCUUUUCUUUGGGGUUAAACCAUACCUCGUCUUUGAUGGCGAUAAUCUACCUAGCAAGGCAGGCACCGAACAGGAUCGCCACAGACGACGUCAGGAAAGCAAGGCCCUUGGGCUGGAGCUACAACGGAAGGGACGGAUGCCAGAAGCUUACCAGGAGUUCCAAAAGGCCGUUGAUGUGACACCCUACAUGGCCCGCCAGUUAAUUGAAGAACUGAAGCAAAUGAAUGUGCAGUAUGUGGUGGCCCCGUACGAGGCAGAUGCACAGCUGGUGUACCUGGAGCAACAGGGCGACAUUGAUGGAAUCAUAUCCGAGGACUCAGAUCUGCUUGUCUUUGGUGCAAAGCGGUUGCUUUCGAAGCUGGACCAGCAUGGGGAAUGCAUUGAGAUAAACCGCGCUGAUUUUACUGCUUGCCGCGAGGUCAGCUUGGUUGGUUUCAGUGAUCUGGACUUCAGAAACAUGUGCAUUUUGAGCGGUUGUGAUUACUUGGCAAAUAUUCCCAAGCUAGGGCUAAAGACUGCCUACCGGAUCAUUCGCAAACAUCGAAGUGUUGAAAAAGCCCUGCGCAUGCUCCAAUUUGAAGGCAAUUUUCGCGUCCCAGCCGACUACCUUGCCAAUUUCAAACAGGCCGAGUUGACCUUCCUUUACCAACGGGUCUUCUGUCACAAAUCUCAAAGCCUCGUGACUUUGACACCACCUGACAAUGAUGUCAAUUUGGCCGCACUGCCAUAUAUUGGUGCGGACAUGGAGCCGGAAAUUGCCACUGGGGUUUCUCGUGGCGAUCUGGAUCCAACCACUAAGGAACCAAUCAUCUUGAAGCCACUAUUCGCAGGUAGAUGGACCCUUGGCAUCAAUCGCCGUCAGACACUGGGUACUUCUUCCGAGUUGAAGCCAAAGAAGUCCAUCAACUCAUUCUUUACCCCAAAGAGGACACCGCUGGCGGAGCUGGACCCUAACAGCCUAACUCCGUCUCCGAGCCAGCAACGUCUCCUAGAGCGCAAUGAAAACAACAGCUGGCAGGCCAAUGCAGCGCCCUUCCGCUCCAACUCAGUCAGGUCCACACCUCUCAGGGCCUUUUCUGACCAAGGCCUCAGCCCUAUGGUUCGGAGUGUGGAACGCUCAUCUUUUCUGGCCAAGAGUGCAAGAGCGUCGACCUUGCAGUCCACAAAGCGGCAGAGACUCUGCUCUGAGGUUGAAGGGGAUUCUCUACCUGCUUGCCUCCCUGCUCGCAGUCGGUUCUUUGCUCCUACUUCUGAACAAUCUAGCCCUAGCGGCCAAAAGCUCUGUCGGUCAAAACGGUCACGCAAAUCAACGAUCGGCGUUUUCUCUGAUGAAAUAGCAGAAGACAUAAUGUCCAACAUUCCUGAUCCUAGUACUCCUGCUGCCCCUGGGCCUGCUGAGUCUAGACCCGAGAGCAACCUUGAGAUAUCUGGCAAGUCCAGUGAAGUUGAAACCUCUUCCAGCCCUACUUCCAAAAAGCCCCUGAUUACAGGAAAUGUCGAAGGAUCUCAUAAUAACACUGGGGAUACCACACCGAACUCUCCAGGUUUCAAUCAGGCUCUUGACUAUCACGUUGAUCGGCAAAACACGAAUGUACUUUCCAAGUUUACUUUUCAAGCAGGGCCAAGGCCCAAAACAACCGCAGCAACUUCUAUCAUGACCAGGAUUCCUGCGAUACAGACCUCAACACCCUCGACCCCCAAAAGCCCAGCUGCGAUUGCACGGAGCAAUGUUUUUCAACGACGCCUAACACCGCUCCAGCGGAUGGGACAGUCCGCUCUCAGUCGGUCCAACAGCAUCAAUAUUCCUAAUAAACUCCGGGAUGCUCAAGCUGCUGAACCUCGGACUGAAUUUUCUUCUCCUGUCAUAAAGGGAUCCUCACUUUCAGGAACCCAAGGUAGCGAAGACCUUAUUAUCCCAGACAGUGAGGAUGAAGAUGACGAUGACGAGCCCAGCACAGGGCACUCAACUACUCUUGAUCUCAAACGCUUUUCUUUCGCCACAAAUUAG